AUGUUAAAAAUUACUGUUGAUACAUCAAUAUUACCAAAAAAUAUUUUUUCACUUCACGAUCAACACUUUUAUGAUAUUAUUAUUCAAGUUACUGGAAGUGAAGGUAUUGUUGACUUGUUAAAGGCUCAAGGUAUUAACAACAUCAGUGCAUUUCUUCUAACAUCUGAUAUAUUUGAAAUAUUAACCUGGGAUGCCGAUGAAUUUAUUGAUUUACAGAAACGAUGUUCUAUAGAAUUACGAAAUAAUACAUUUAUGAUUCGACCUGGUUUAAAAGCAAAUAUAGAAUAUUUACGUGAAUUAUUUACAAAAAAAAAUGAAGAAUAUGCAAAAGAAUUAAAACAUAAACAACAGCAACAACAACACAGAUUUUCUCUUUCACCAAUAACUACAGAUCUUUCAUUAACAAGUACAAGUACUAGUGUCCGGCGUGACCACCGUGACUACCAGUGA